AGGAAGUUAAAGCUCAUGUGCUCCCAAGAGGCGCUCCCAGUUCACCCGCGUGUGCUCCUGCGUGUCCUGUGCCCACCAUGGGGCCCCUGGUCCUGCUGUGGGGCUGCCUCCUGCUCCCAGGUUAUGAAGCUCUGAUGGGGCCGAAGACGGUCAGAGGAUUCGAAGGCGACACUGUGUCCCUGCAGUGCACCUACGAGGAGAAGCUGCGGCAGCACAAGAAAUACUGGUGCAAGAAGGGCGGGCUCAUCGUCUCCCGCUGCUCGGGCAUCAUCUACGCGCGAGAAGAUGGCCAGGAGAGGACAGAGGGCAGGGUGUCCAUCCAAGACAACCCCCAGAAGCUCACGCUCAACGUGACCCUGAGGGAUCUCACGAAGCAGGACUCGGGGGACUACUGGUGCGGCAUCACCAUCCUGGGCAUUGACGAGGCUUUCCUGGUCUCUCUGCUCGUCCUGCCAGGUCCCUGCUGUCCUCCCUCCCCCACCCCCUCCUUCCAGCCUCUUGCUACAAGCCUCCAGCCCAAGGCCAAAGCUUGGCAAACUCAGCCCCCAGCAUCGACUUCUCCUGGUGUCCACCCGACAGUCACCAAGCAGGGGAAGACAGAGGCCGAGGCCUCUCCAUUCGCAGGGACGUCCCCGCCCGAGCCCGCAGGAACCUCUCUAUACACAGGAACCUCUCCGUACGCAGGGACCUCUCCGAACGAAGAGCCCCCCCUUCACAGAGCCACCUCUCCUCAUGCAGGCACCUCUCGGCCUUCCACGUACCUGGACUCCACCUCUACGGAAGACCCCAAGUCCAGGGCGUCCCACUCAAAGACCCACAUCCUGGUGCCGGUCCUAGUGCUGCUGACCCUCCUACUGGCCGCAGGCCUGGCUGUCAUCGGCAGGUGCGUGCUCCGGUGCAGGAAGGAAGUUCAACUGGACACGGAGACACAGAAUGAGAAGGUCCACCUCUCACACUUGAAUCGCCAGGCCCCGGAGUACGCUGUGGUCAGCCUCGCAGCACCCCCUGGGCCUCGAGCCGGCCCCAAGCCCUCUGCCAGCCCCUACACGGAGAUCCCGGAGAUCCGGCGCCAAAGCCAGACUUUGAAGAAAGAGGAGGCCUCCUUCCAGGACCCGGCGGGUGAGGCGAACCCAGGGCCUCCCCUUCACAUGUCCGAGGAGGAGCUCAGACCCUCCGUGUUCAUCCCAGUCUAGCCACUGGACGCCCUCCGGGCCAGGCCUGCCGCGAACCAUGACCUGGAGUGGCUGGAUUUACACGAAUUGCAAUAAGCUUUGGGCCGUGGCCUCUGCAGCCUCCCGGGCUCUCCUGCCUGCCCAGCCGGGCCUGGAUGCCUGUGCCAGCCUGCCGCGGGGCCCCGCAGUUGCAGCGGGGAUGGGACCUCCCCAGCACGGUCACAUCCCCGGGCCCUCGCCAGGGCCAGGCAGGGCUCAGAAGACCUGGUCUGUGUGUACCUGGAGCAGGCAAUCCCCUGGGCCUGGACCCAGCAGCAGGCUUCCCUCCGCCCCCUGCAGACCCCACCGGCUCCUCCCUUCCCUCCAUCCUUGGACUCAGCACCACUCGCUCCUGCAUAAGCUGGAGGGAGGAGCGGGCCUGUUGCCCGUUAGACCAGUUCUGAUUUCUCCACGUGCAGCUGUGAACCACGGCAUCCCAGGCCUCAGGAAGCUGCUGAAAGAGGUGAUUCCUGGGCUCCAUCCCAUCCUUCCAAGCCGGCCCUGGGGCUGGGCCCAGGACCUGGGAUUUCUAACAAGUACCUGGUGAUCUCAGGUGGAGAACCCUGGGCCCCCUGAACGCUCAGUACUUACGUUUGGGAUGUGGGGUCUUCCACCCACCCCAUAGGGAUGCUCUGCUCACGAACCAUGACCCAGCGGGAGGCUUUCCUGCCUGAGUCAGCCCAGGGCAGGUACACACUGGGCGGCAGGGAGUUGCCUCUCUGAUCUCCCCACCCAGCCAGGCAUUCAUUCCAGGCUUUGGAGGAAGGAUGGAGACAAGCAUGGCUCCUUCCUGGUCGAGAAAGAGUUAAUUGCCUGUGGGUGCUGGUGAGGGGCUGGGGUGAGGGGCAGGAAGCCACUGGUCAGGUGGGUCUCUAAAAGGGAAGAGGAAGGGUUUAGGGCAGGAACCUACAGGGAACCUCAAGGUGACCCUGAGUCUGGCCCCUGAGCUACUAUUAUUUUUCUUUCUUCUUUUUUUUACAGUGAAAUUGGGGGCAGGGGCUAGGGGGUGGAGAGGGGAAGUCUUGCCCCGUAUACAGAACUUGGAGGGAAAAAGAAGAAAAGUCAUUCAUCUUCUCACUGCUGCCCAGAGACCCUCAUCACUGCAUUUCGUGGUGUUUCCUUUCAGUCUUUCUUCUCCGCAUCAUUUGCUGGUGUUCUUUUACAAAUCAUGUUGCCUAUACAACUUCAUAUCCUGCUUUUCCCACUUCGCUAUUAUUGCAGAUAAGCAUUUCUCCAUAAAUAAAGUGUUUAUCAGCUGUGUCA